GCGCCCUCCUCCUCCUCCAGUGCAAGAUGGCGUCCGUGGGCUCCGUGAGGCUUCCCGUGUGAGGGGACGACGCCGCUGCAUUCCAGCUCGGCGUGUCCGGCGGGACGGCUGCGAUGGCCGCGGUGGCCGCGCGGCGGGAAGGGCCGCCGUUCAUCAGCGAGGCGGCGGUGCGCGGCAACGCGGCGGUGCUGGACUACUGCCGGACGUCGGUGUCCGCGCUGUCGGGGGCCACGGCCGGCAUCCUGGGCCUCACGGGCCUCUACGGCUUCGUCUUCUACCUGCUGGCCUCGGUGCUGCUGUCGCUGCUGCUGGUCCUCAAGGCGGGCCGCAGGUGGAACAAGUACUUCAAGUCGCGGAGACCGCUCUUCACGGGGGGCCUGGUGGGCGGCCUCUUCACCUACGUCCUCUUCUGGACCUUCCUCUACGGCAUGGUGCACGUGUACUGAGCCGGACGCCGCGGACACUCGGCUGCUGCUGCUCGCGGGAGAGACCACGCGCCUGUAAUGCUCUUCAGAUUAAAUGCAGUGUGAGCCGCUCGGUGCACCUCUCUGCUCCCUGGGCGGGUGUCGUGCGGCCGCGAGCGCGCCAGGAGCCCCGAGCCUCCCGGUGGGCCGGGCAGCAUGCGCCUGGCGUCUCUCUGGAGCGUCACCUUGGCCUGCCUUCCGGGAGGGGCCAGAAGCCCCCGGAAACACCCUAGGGACUGGUGUUUCUUGCACGCCAGGCAUCGCGCCUGGGACCUCUCGCACCCUACCUCACCUGGGGGGUGCUCGGCUUCGCCUCCCGGCUUCCCCCAGGGAGCUCAGCGAUGACCUUAAACGCCCCUGGUCCAGCAGCAGCUGCCCCCCCGCCCGGCUCCCCGCAGGUGGGAGCGAUGUCUUUGAGUUCUCCUCCACCUGACCACACUGAGGUGGCUUUCCCGUGAGGAAAAGCAAAUCCCGGCCA